AUGAUUCAGCACAAAUUCUUCUCUGGAGACAGCCAGAGGCCUGAUACUACCUCAUCAACUGUACCUGUCGUCAAACCAAACUUCCUCCCGUCUAGAACUGGAUGCCAAGCUCUGCGUGCAACAUGGUUAGGUCAUGCCUGUUACUUCGUUGAGUUUCCGACUGGCCUACGGUUUCUCUUUGAUCCCGUAUUCGAAGACCGCUGUUCUCCAUUCUCCUGGAUAGGCCAUAGAAGGCUUACACCCAAGCCUUGUGACAUCUCUGAUAUUCCAACCAUUGAUUGUGUUAUCAUAAGCCACUCUCAUUACGAUCAUCUUUCGUACCCCACCAUCCUUGAAAUUAAAAAACAUCACCCUUCGGCCCAAUUUUGUGUCCCAAAGGGUCUCAAAAAAUGGUUCGCUGACUGUGGCAUCAAAGACGCUUUCGAGCUCGACUGGUGGGAGGACAUCGAUCUCACAUUGGUGAAGUCACCCAACGACGAUGAUGUUAAGGCUAGAAUCUCAUGCCUCCCUUGUCAACAUACAUCUGCGCGUACUCCUUUUGAUAAAGCAGCCACAUUGUGGGCUUCUUGGUCUGUUUCCUCAGGUGGUAAGUCAGUGACACUGGCUAUCGCGCAGUCCCGCAUUUGCCUAAAGACGUUGAUGACUGGGGAUCAGAUUGGCGAAUUACGGGGACCAUUUGAUCUUGGCCUGAUCCCAAUAGGAGCGUAUAAGCCACGACAUGUUUUAAGUUCCAUCCACUCGAAUCCCUAUGACUCCGUUGAGAUCUUCAAGGAUACGAAAUGUAAAAAGGCGAUUGGAAUUCACUGGGGAACUUGGGCCGCGGCGGAAGAGGAUGCGAUGGAACCACCACAGUUAUUGAGGAAAGCACUCGCUAAAAGCGGACUUCCUGAGACUGGAGUAUUUGACGUGUGCAAUAUUGGGGAGAGUAGGGAGUUCUGA